AUGGAAGUGGAAAAUAUAAAUGUCGAUGACUUUUUGCCUGCAAAAAAGACAGUAAAGUUGAAGAAUGUGAAACGGCGGGCAGUCUCUGAAUCGGGUGAUGGAAUGGAAGUAGAAGAACACAAUGGAAUUCAAGGAAGAGCUAAACUAGCAAAACCGAAAGCUAAAAGGACAAAAAAGAAUGCAGAACCUAAUGAAAGUAAAGUAAAUAUGAGAAAAGUUGCAGUCCCAGCACACAGAUAUACACCAUUAAAAGAGAACUGGCUCAAGAUAUUUACACCAAUAGUAGAACAUCUUUUGCUACAGGUACGGUUUAACACAAAAACAAGAAAUGUAGAAAUAAGAGUUGGGCCAGAGACUAAAGAUAUAGCAAAUUUACAAAAAGCUGCAGACUUUGUAAAGGCGUUCAUUUAUGGUUUUGAUGUUGAAGAUGCAUUAGCUUUGCUACGACUAGAUGAUUUAUUUGUGGAAUCUUUUGAAGUAAAAGAUGUAAAGACACUUCAAGGAGAUCACUUGGGUCGUGCUAUUGGUCGAUUAGCGGGGAAAGCAGGCAGAACAAAGUUUACAAUAGAAAAUGUUACGAAAACUAGAAUAGUUUUGGCAGACUCAAAAAUUCAUAUUCUAGGGAGCUAUACCAGGAGCAGUGCAGUAUUGUCUGACAAGGAACGAGGUGUUAUAGAAAUAAGAGAAGAUAUCAACAAAAGUGUCCACUUGCCAGAAAUCACAGAACUGCCUGUGACAUCAAAUACGGAAACAGUGAUGGUUUUGGAGAGAGGUUCUAUUGGCCGUGUAACUGGAUCCACAGCUAUGAAUCAAAUUUCAAGUGGAAGUCAUGCUGUUUUCACGAUUGUUAUAACUAAGGAGAGUCGUACUGAUAAGAACAUUGCAACUACAUAA